AUGGCGCGUACCCUACGCAGCGGCACAUAUGCUGCGGUACCCUCCAGUGAAGACGAGGCCAGUAAUGCCGCCUCGGAGCCACUUCUCGCCCGCGAGAACAGGCUGCGUGGAGGAACUUUGACUUUGCACCAAGAUGGACACGGCUACUCGUACGCGUACGGUCCGAAAGGCUCCGCAGGCCUCAUACGCAACUACUACGCACUCGGCUGCGCAGUGUUCGUCUCCAUAGGCGGACUCCUCUUCGGCUAUGACCAGGGCGUCAUUGCGAAUGUCCUCGUGAUGCGCGACUUCACAGAACGUUGGCCCGUCGGACCGCUCGAGAAAGGGGUGAUGACCGCCGCGCUCGAGCUGGGCUCGCUUUUCGGCGCUCUCGCGUCGGGCGUGCUCGCCGAUCGCUACUCGCGAAGAGUGUCUAUCCUACUAGCCUGUGUCGUGUUUUGCAUCGGCUCCGCUUUUCAGUUUGCCGCGCAGAGCCUGUUCCAUCUUACUCUCGGCCGCGCUAUUGGCGGUCUAGGAGUCGGUGCAUUGAGCAUGCUGGCUCCCCUGUACAUGGCCGAAAUCAGCCCGCCAGAAGUGCGCGGAUCGCUCAUGGCGCUGGAACAGUUCGCCAUCGUGCUCGGCGCCGUCCUCGGAUUCUGGACGGGCUUCUUCACGCGCGAGAUUCCCGGCUCUGCGUCAUGGCGCAUCCCGCUCGGGAUCCAGCUCGGGCCAGGCGUACUCCUCGCUGUCGGAUGCCUCUUCCUGCCUCCCUCGCCGCGCCUGCUCAUCAUGCAGGGCCGGCCGGACGACGCCCGCCGCGCACUUGCCACGCUCCGACUGCGCUCGCCAGAAGAGAGCAUCACAGACCCGCUGCUUCAGCUUGAGCUGCUCGAGAUGCAGGCUGAAAUUGCCCUGCUCGCACAGACCACUGGCGUGCCCGCCAAGGCAGGCUCGCUGCGCACGGAGGCGCGUGCGUGGGCGCGGCUCUUCGGGCGCAAGUACCGCAAGCGCACGGCCAUCGGUGUCCUGAUGAUGUUCUUCCAGCAGUGGAGCGGCAUCAACGCACUCCUAUACUAUGGGCCUACUUUGAUGCAUUCUCUGGGCUUGCAGGGCGACGCCGUCACGCUUACGGUGUCCGGUGGCAUUGGGAUUGUACAAUUCCUCGCAGUGCUACCGGCAAUUGUCUUCAUUGACCGCUUAGGUCGAAAGCCGCUACUAAGAGGUGGGAGUGCUGUCAUGGCGCUGUCACAUUUCUGCAUCGCCGUCAUGGUCCGGCAAUUUGAGGGCGACUGGCUCUCCCACUCAUGGGCAGCAUGGUUCUCAGUAGGAUGUGUUUAUGUUUUCACAGCCGCCUAUGGCGUCAGCUACGGACCCAUUGGAUGGGUCCUCCCAAGCGAAGUCUUCCCGUUAUCUGUACGCAGCAAGGGAGUUUCGCUGUCGACCGCGUCCAACUGGUUUAACAAUUUUCUCAUCGGCUUGAUUACGCCAGAACUGAUGGAGCUGUCACCGUCCGGCACAUUUCUUGUCUUCGCCACUGCAUGCUUCCUCGGAUACCUGUGGUCUACCUAUUCCGUUCCGGAGACGGCCAAUGUGUCUCUUGAAGAGAUGGACGCGGUGUUCGGAUCUUCUGCUGGUCGAGAAGACCUGUUAUUGAAACAGCAGAUCGAAGAAGAUCUUGGCUUGCACGAUCUAGUCCAGCAGUGGGCUUCGACUUACCAUCGUGCCUAG